CAAAUAUGGAAACAGUUUCUGCAAAAACAAAUUGAUAAAGCUGUAUGAAAAAAUAUAAUACACCAAUUAUAGCAGACUGGAGAUGAACAUGGCUCAAUUAGAAGAAGAUCCAACAUUAGAAAGGCAUUUCAAGGGCCAUAAAGAUACAGUUUUAAGUGUAGACUUUAACCCCAACUUGAAACAACUUGCAUCAGGAGGAGCUGACAGUUGUGUGAUGAUAUGGCACUUCAAACAGCAAAUGAGAGCUUACAGAUUCAUUGGUCACAAGGAUAUAGUCACUUCUGUCAACUUUUCUCCAUCUGGGCACAUUGUGGCCUCUGCAUCUAGAGACAGAACUGUACGACUUUGGAUCCCAAAUAUGAAAAGUGAAUCAACUACAUUUAGAGCUCAUACAGCAACUGUAAGAAGUGUGGAUUUCUCUAAUGAUGGUCAGUUUUUGGUAACAGCAUCAGAUGACAAGUCUGUGAAGGUUUGGGCAACUCAUCGACAGAAGUUUUUAUUUUCAUUAGUACAGCAUUGUAAUUGGGUGAAGUCUGCUCGGUUUUCUUGUGAUGGCCGACUAAUUGUGUCUGGUGGAGAUGACCGAACUGUGAGAAUUUGGGACACAAAUAGUAAACAGUGUGUGCAUACAUUCCCAGAACAAGGAGGGAACAUAAAUUGCGUAGCGUUUCAUCCAAGUGGAACUUGUGUGGCAGCAGCAGCUCAAGACAGUACUGUCAAAGUGUGGGAUGUCCGUAUUAAGAAACUCUUACAACAUUAUCAAGCCCACAGUUCUGGAGUCAACAGCUUGUCUUUCCAUCCAUCAGGAAACUAUCUUUUAACAGGUUCCAGUGACUCAACUCUAAAAGUGUUAGACUUGCUGGAAGGCCGACCCUUUUAUACAUUGCAUGGACAUCAGGGUUCUGUAUGUGGAGUUGCCUUUUCAAGAAAUGGAGAUUACUUUGCUUCUUGUGGAGCAGAUGAGCAGGUCAUGGUAUGGAAAACUAACUUCCACCACAUAUAUUCAAAUUCUGUAGCAAAAUCUCAGCAGCAAACUAAUUUAGUAUCAGAACCUCCACCACAUAUCCAAGACAUAUCUCCAAGAAUUCCAAAAAAACUAGGAAGGCCAACUGAGGUCGAUGCCAGGAUCAAACUGAAAGAUAUGGCUGUGUCAGACCCUGAGAUUACAGAUAUAGGACCUGCUAUAUUCACUAAUGAUAGUGGAACAGGCACAGUAAGGGUGAACCCAGAGGAUGAAGAUCCUGUUACAACACAAUUAGAAGAAAAAACUUCCAUUCCUCCUCAGCUUAACCAAACACUUCAGCAUAUUGUAUCACAGUUGGACCUCCUGACACAGACAAUGUCAAUUCUUGAGCAACGUCUUACAUCUGCUGAAGACAGACUUCAAGAACUAGGUAGACAAUUCUUAGCAAUGUCUUGUGAUGUGGCUACUAGUAAUGGAAAGGGUAUUGAAGGUUUAGCAAGUGGAAAAGAUGGUUAACCAUCCAGGAAUACAUCAGAAUAGUGGUUGGUGUUAAGGAACUGUUACAUGUUUGCCUAUAUAGUUAUUUUUAGUGACUGUAUCUUUGGUUUGUAAAUUGAUUUGCAAUUUUAUUCAUUAAAAGGUGGAAAAAUAUCAGAAAACCUUAUUGAAUAAGUGUGAUAUUUUUUAUAAUGAAUUUGAAGCUGCAGGAAAAGAAACUGUGCACGAAGGUACUAAAAUUAUGCCAAAUAUUGGUUAAAACUGUACUGCAAUUUAUUUUAUCAGUGUUUAGCCCUAGAAU